AAAUUCCAUCCAUUACACUAUAUAGUGGCUUAAAAUUAACAAGAAACGUGUAAAAACUAAAAAUAAUAAUGGAAAUAAAAUUGAUGGAAAAAAUUCCUUUGAGCGAUCUUUAAAUUUCCUCAUUCGCUAUACAAAAUUCCUAUUUUGAGAAAUCCUAAAAUUUACAAGGUACUUUUUGAUUUUUGUGGUAUUAAAUAUAUCAGAUAUUUUUAAUGAACUUGGGUGUGGGCAUCCUCUAUUAAGAAUUAGAAUGAAAAUUUUACAUUAGAGAUCUAAUCAGCUAAAACAUGUUCAUGACAGACUGACAGUUUUCACCCAUUUCAUUAUUUUGUUUCAUGAUUUUAACAUUCCUAUAAUUUAUAGUAACAAAGGUAACCAAGCAUUUGAGUUAUGUGAAUGAAAUGGCAGUAUAAAUAUCUGUUAGCUGAUUAAAGUUGCAUCACUAUGAACAGCUUCUUCAAUCCUAAGGACCGUGCAUGCCCCCGCCAAAUGAGCUUUGAUUCGCCUUUAGUAUUUGUUUUGCCAACUAGCUAACUUAAUUGUUAAUUAUCGUUUAAGCAUUAACAUGUUGCGAAUUGUGCCUUGGUCAUGUCGUGAGGAAUGGCUGGAAACCUACCAAUACCUCUACAACUUUGAUAACAUUGAACAGCAGACGAAAGGUCUCCAGAGAGUAGAAGCUUGGAAAAGUCGCAGCGGAACUAAACUGCCAUUGGCUGUAGAAGCGACUGCAAGUCUAAUUGCGGCAGGCAUGGAGGAUGUCAGAUCUCUUGUUAAGCCAUAUGUGGUUCGUCAUACCAUGGCAAUGGCAAUCGUUCGAUUUGUAAAUGGGAUGGUCGACAUGGAACAGAAGGGAGCCUAUGCUAGAUCAGUUCAAUCUAUUGCUGAUGAAAUUGGACUACCAGAUUGGCUAGUUGAUCUGCGUCACGAGGCCACACAUGCGAGCUUGCCGUCCUUGGAAGUGCUUAGGGUCGGGUGUAAGUUUGCGUUGAAUUGGCUACGAGACCGCUACUGGGAAUCACAGAUUGCUGAGUUUCAUGAACGAUAUCAGACAUUGCUCACGCUUCUUGGAAAGUAUGCUAAACUCUAUGAAAGUGUUAAGCACGACAAGAAAACAACAAAGAAAACAGCAAAGAAAACAAAGAAUGGAAAACUCGCCCAAGAAAUUGCUGAUCUAGUUGGUGAAUUUGAUAUGUGGUAAGUUCAUAUAAUAGGAGUAUAUAUUUGAUGUGUUUUUAAUCCUUUUCUUGUAGUUCAGGCACAAACCACAACAACUUAUUAAAAAUAUUAUACAGUAGGUAUUCUAAAAUUAAAAUGAAUCGGUGUUUUUUGUACGCAAUGCGUACCUAUUUUUACUUCUACACUGCAAAAAAUGCCCAGCCUGUAACAAUGUUGUUUGAAAACAGGCCUGAACAAUAUUUUGCUGCCCAUAUUGUUCAGCCUGAACAAUAUUCUUAACAACCAGGAACAAUAUGGGCAACAAAAUAUUGUUGUUACAGGCUGGGAGUUUUUUGUUGUGUACAUGAAGUUUUUGGCCAACCGACCACCUGAAAAGACCCAAUCAACAACUCUCAUUUGAUCUGAAAUAUUUCAAUUAUUACAUUUUCCAGGCAAUCAUUGCUGGACUUGUCAUUUGGAGAACAAGGAUUGCUGUUCCCUUCCACUGAAACCCUUCAAGGAAUAUUUCCUAAAUCUGCCGCAAUUAAAACAAGAGAAAUUUUGUUCGAGUUACCAAAAGAUCUUCGGCAGUGGCUGAGCCCGCUUCUCAAAGCAUUGCACAAAACAAAUGAGCAGUUCUUAUCAAAUUUUGUUUCAUUCCUUGUUAGGAGAGCUCACAAACUUGAACAAAACUUCAGAAAUAAACUACUGGCCCAUUACCAUUCCUGUUUGGUUUAUUAUAUUCUUUGCAACUGCAGUAAAAAGAAUAUUGAGAAAAAACAAUGGAAACUUAAGGUAGAACUCGACUAUUUAGCCUUGUUAGAGGUCUGCCUACAAAACCCCUCUGCAAACAGCCAACGUUUUCUGCAAUUAAUCAUUGAUAACCUUGAAACUUCAGAAAGCAUGAAGGCCAAACUUUAUAAGUUUUCCGCCAUUAAAAUUACUUUGAACAAUGACAAAAGCUUAACUAAAUUGACAGACAACGAAAAUACAGAUUUGGAAACUCUACAACAACAUUUUCCACUCGUUGCUAAAAAAGUAGAGGCAAGUUUAACUGAGUCAGAUGAAGACAGCUCCGUCUGGAAACAAUGCCCGCCAUCUUUCGCCCAUAAUUAUAAAUUUGGAGCAUUUAUCGGCGAAGAACCGUUGCAGAAUCAAACGUUGAAUCAAAUGAAUGAUGAGGCCAUGGAAGUGGAAACAAAUUUCGACGACGGGACCUCCAUAGAACAAUGUGAGCAAGGAAUAGCAGAAGAAGAAGGGGAUGAUAGUUCUGAAAAUGAAUUUGAAAAUGAUCUGAAUGAAAUGUCGGAAAUAUCAUGUGGCUUUGAAACGAGUGAUACUUCAGCAGUGAAAGAAUUGACUGGAGAAAUGAUUAAAGACAUUAGUCAAAACAUUGCCAUCUUUUAAGAACGAAUAAAUAGAGGAUUUUAAUGAUAUUUACAUUGCUAAUUGUAAGCACUUUCAAUUCCGUCAUCUCAGCUCAGUUGGGAUGCUUUAGGACUUGCGUUAAUUGAUUUUACUUUGUGACUUUAAGAAGAAUCCUACUGCUGGAAAAAUUAAAGAUAUAUUACUUCUUCUCCAUCGUUUUCUGUUGUUUCCAAUUC